AUGUUGCAAAAAUGCCGACUUGGGAUUCCAUUAUCGCAGGAUGAGACAGUGACGUUGGUAGACCAUCCGUGCAAUGUCACCAACGCCACGCGACUCUUUUCCACGAGGGCUGAGGUGGCCAAGGUCAACAUAGAGAGCUUUAACAGGCUGCGGACCCCCAUAGUCACAUACCAGGCCUUGGACGGAUUUGUUUGGCACCACGCCGAGCACCCACAUCUGGAGCACUGCAAUGAUCGCUUCACGGACGGGUCUCUGGUUGCUCUCAAAGACCACCGCCUAGAACGACAGGUACAACUAAGGGUAGGUAUGCUUGUGGUGCUACAGGUCAAUCUCGACCUUCGAGGGGGACUGUGCAAUGGUAGCCAAGGCAUCAUCUGCGGGUUCGAAAACCAUGAUCCUGCCAAACUCCCCAGAGCCAAGUCAGGCAAAGCCUCGUACUCAUACACAGGGCACACAGGGCACACAGGGCCGACGGGACAUUCCCCGGAUCCUCCCACCAUCCAUGGGGACUAUGCAGCUCUGAAAGAAAGACAAGUCCAGCGUUUCACGAGCGGACAAAAGCAGAGAGUUUGGCCCCGGGUGCUCUUUCACAACGGCCAGAGACGCACCAUUUACGCAGAUUGCACAGUCAACUCGGUCGGUAACCGGGAACCCUACUCACUCUUACACCGCACACAGAUUCCCCUUGUAGCCGCCUGGGCCAUGAGCAUCCACAAAAGUCAGGGAACGACGCUGGACCGGGUCAUUGUCGACGUGACGAGGGCUUUUGAAGAGGGUCAGGUGUAUGUGGCCCUGUCCAGGGCGACGAGUCUGCAUGGCCUCAAGGUCAAGGGUAACCCGGACGGUCUAUCUGUUGGGCGCGGAGGCAACGCCGAUGUCCAACGGUUUCUCAGGGAAAAGUUCGGAGCCAGGCUCUCGCAGUUACAGCCUUGA